GCUUAAUGUUGUACAUGUAAGCGAACCAGUUUCACGUGACCAGGCUGUAGUGACGUAUGCGGAAGUAGUAAUACCGGCAAUUCCACAACACCCAGAUCCAUGAGCGGCUAAACACUGAAAAGUUUUGUUGGGAGCAGGGAUGUCAAUUUUUCCAAGAAUUUCUCUAAGGCCUGAGGUGACAGAGUAUCUUAAGAAUGUCUUCUUAAACAAGGAGGUGUUAGCUGCAGUGGGUCAACAGGAGGCAGAAAGCCGUUUCCACAAGCUGCUCAUAUGUCUGUCACACCCACCUUCUUACACUUGUGUUCGGGCCAGCACUCAUCUCGCCUCCCUGGAGGAGAUCAGACACAAGUUAGGAGAAGAGCUGAAAAAGCAGCAGAUGUGCAGCUCAUCAGCAGAGGAGUUCUCGCCUCAGAUUCUUCCUCACCCGCAAAUUCCAGAUGUGCUGCUCCUUCCUGUCCAUGGGCCGAGACCUGUGAAGCAGCUCAGCUCAGAGGUGGUGGUCGGUGCUCAGUGUGGCAGCGCCGUACUGCGAGGUGCUCAUGUCUUCGCCCCAGGGAUCCUCGCCAGUCCUAAGUACAUGAAGGCUGGAGAUGUAGUCUCCGUCUUCUCUGACCUGGAGGGGAGGUGCACCCGAGGAGCCACGAGCUUCCAGGGGAACAAAGUGUUUGUGGGAAAUGGAGUCGCUGAAAUGGACCGCUCCAGCAUCUUCUGCACAGAUGAGCCUCCCAAAGGUAUUGGUGUUCGGAUGGUUGAGCCACUUUACCAGAGUCCUUCCUUUGAUGGCGUUCUUCCUAACCUGGCAUUCCUACAGAACCUUCCCUCUGUAGUCGUGGGACAUGUGCUUGGGCCUCGUCCCGGAGAACGAAUCCUGGAUAUGUGUGCCGCACCAGGAGGGAAGACCUGCCACAUCGCUGCAGUCAUGGGGGAUCAGGGUGAGGUCGUGGCCUUGGACAGGAUCCGGAAUAAAAUUGAUCGAAUUCGUCAGAAUGCACAAAUGUUGCACUUGCGUAGUAUCAAAGCUUAUUGCUUUAACAGCAUUCAGGCUGUCAGCAGUGAAGCAGCGCAUGAAACUGAAGGACCUCCCUUCCCUCCCGAGAGUUUUGACAGGGUUUUGUUGGACGCUCCCUGCAGUGGCCUCGGACAGAGACCCAACAUGGCCAGCACCUGGAGCCUCAAGGAGAUCCGUUCCUACCAGCCUCUGCAGCGCAAGUUAUUUCAUGCUGCGGUGCACUUGUUGAAGAAAGGCGGGGUUUUGGUGUACAGCACCUGCACAGUGACCCUAGCAGAGAACGAGGAGCAGGUAGCCUGGGCCCUCGACACUUUUCCCUGCCUCACGCUUCAGCCUCAGGAGCCUCACAUUGGCGCAGAAGGCAUGCUGGGAGCUGGCCUGUCACCUGAGCAGCUGCGCCUCCUCCAGAGGUUCAGUCCUGAGCUGAUCUGGGACCAGACAGAGACGACAGCUCCCCUCCCCUGCAGAGCCGACAGGGACACUAUUGGCUUUUUUAUUGCCAAGUUCCUGAAAAACUGACUGGAGGGCAUGUUUUCUCUUAGAGCCCUCACACGAGACUGCAGACGGGAACAAUAGUGUUUAUAUUACGACACUCUGUGUGCUUUGACGGGCCAGUGUUGACAGAGACGCUCACCGUGCUGUUUACAGCAUCUGCCUCUUAACAGCUGCUCUCUGAAACUGCGGGCCAUAUAGGGAUAAGCUUUAUAAACACCGAGGGCAGGAGAAAGAGAGAAGAGAGAGAGAGAGAGAGAGAGAGAGAGAGAGGGAGAGAGGAGGGAUGGAGAGAGAGAGGGAGAGAGGGUGGGGGCACGUGGGGAUGGAGACUGAAUGAGUAUUGGCAAAUGCAGCAGUGCUAGCGUUGCCAUGACAACAGUGACGACACAGCUGCCAUGGUGACAGUGGAUUCGCUGGAUCUGAGCGCGUGGAUCAGGAAGUAGUGUGCAGAAAGAGGUCAUGAGAGGUAUUAACAAUUUAGUGUCUUUUAGCAGCGGAGACAAGUGGGACCUCUAAUUAGUGCUUCUGCUGCUUGUAAGAGAGAAAUGAUGCUCGUGUCUGAAUCAGUGCAUUCACAAGAGGGUUAUUACAUUACAUUUUCCACAAUAAAAUACAUUUCAAAUAA